AUGAGCAGCGAACCCCAGCGUGGAAGGUCACCGUCGGCCGGUGGCUUUCAGCCUGAUAUAAACCAAUCUCACUCGCCGGCACGGAGCCCGUUCGCACCCACAAGCGAGCAGCCAGCCGUUGGUCUUGGUCUUGGGAUCGGUGCCGACCUGGAUCCAUCGCAACAGCAACGACAACCGCCUCAGCAGCAGCAACAACAACAACAACAACAACAACAACAGCAGCAGCAGCAUCGAGCUUUCACGGCAUCUUUGCAUCCCAACUUCGACUCGUUCAACGCAAACGGCUUCCUCGGCGCACAAGCCAACGCUGCCGACCCGAAUACCGGCUUUGAUCCCAGCGCGAGCUUCGGACAACAGCCGGCCACCGGCCCCGACUCCACCCUCUCUUUGAACGCCCAGGCGCAACAAAACUACCUCUCGCCAAACAUUCACGACGGUGAUUUCUCUCUCUUUCCCUCGGGCACUGAGCAAGGCGACCAGUACAACGCCCCCCUCUUUGAGCAGCCGCCGCUUGGCGACCUCAAUGCCAUGACCUCUCCGCACUCUCAUCAGUCUCCGACCCCGCCACGGCUCUACCCAUCAGAUAGCCUUCAGUCGCCUCCAUUCAACCAACAUCAGUUCUCGUCGCCCCCGUCGACUCAUUCGAGGAAUGCUUCUCUAGGGCCCGAGGCCGCGCUUCUUCCCAGUCAGAUUGGUGACUGGACCCAACCCCAAUUCCAGGGCCAUAGGAGAACUCCAUCGGAAUACUCUGACGUCUCCUCCGUGGCUCCUUCUCCUCACCUUAUCAGUUCCGAUACCUUUGACGCCGACCCGUCGGGCCACUCGCCUCUGCAGAGACCUGUGGAUAGCCUCUAUCAGGAAGUGCUUGGUAUAGGAUCGUUCAGCCUGGCUGAUCACAGCAGCCCCGGUUAUCACGGUCGAAGCCCUUCUCACAGCCCAGCCAUCAGCCCUCGCAUUAUGCCACAGCAGAUGCCGGACACUAUGCAGCCUUCUUUCAAUUUGAUCCCACCGAAUUCCGGGUUCGAGAAUGUGUCUGGAUACCCAGACCUGCAACCCAGCCACGAGACCUUUCCACCACUGCAAGGCGGCAUGGGUCGACCAAAGUCUCGCCCGAGAGCGGUAACGGACCCGUUCCAUCCCGGCGGAAUAUUGCCCCCUGGCAACUUGGGACCCUCUCUCGGAGUUGAUCUUGCGGCCCGCUCCGAUACCUCAUCUCGAUCUUUAUCUCCUCUAGAUAGGCAAUCGGUCGGCUCAUCGGCCUCACGAAGGCGGCAGUCGACUUCGUCAGUGCCCAACAACGUCAUCGCUUUGCGUUUGGCGGAUCCCGAAUACCAGAAUAGCCAAGAUGCCGGGACAAGCAAGCGUAUGCAGAAACAUCCAGCAACUUUCCAGUGUACUCUAUGUCCCAAACGCUUCACCCGAGCUUACAAUCUGCGGUCUCACCUGCGUACUCACACCGAUGAGCGACCGUUCGUAUGUACGGUCUGCGGUAAAGCCUUUGCUCGACAGCACGACAGAAAGCGACACGAGAGUCUCCAUUCCGGAGAGAAGAAGUUUGUUUGCAAGGGAGAUCUGAAAACUGGUGGUCAGUGGGGCUGUGGUCGACGAUUUGCGCGAGCUGAUGCCUUGGGAAGGCAUUUCCGAUCCGAAGCAGGGAGAAUAUGCAUUAAACCGCUACUGGAUGAAGAGAUGAUUGAAAGGCAGCGCCAGUGGCAGGAGCAGCGGAUGCAGCAGAACAUGGCACAGAACAUGGCCAACCCACAGGUCAUGGGCAUGGAUGCUGGCCCGGCUUAUCCCAUGGAUUCCAGUGGAAACUACGGCCUCCCGCAAGCCCUCCUGGCUCAAUAUCCCGCAUUGGCGCAGAUGAACUGGUCGACCACUGACAUGGGAGGUGGACUAGACGAUGAGCUUAGUGGAAGAUCGUCAUUCGAUGCCAGUGACUACGAUGACGGCGAGGAUGGCGGAUACAUGAGUAGUUCUGGAGCCAGAUACCCAGAAGAAGGCAUGGGCCAAAAUUACGCUGAUAUGAGCUAUUCUGGAGAGUAUGGGCGCUGAUGGACGAAACUGCCUUGAGAUUUAUAUUCUUCUUCUUCUGUUAUAUUAUCCCCAUCCCCAUUAUCACUAUCCCCCUUUCUCCGUCUUGUGUUCUUACCCCAUUUUACGGUUUCUUUCACCCCGCGAGGAUGGUGUUUAAUUAUCGUGUAGCUCCCCCCGAACGUCAACUCGGGGAAGCGAGCUUGGCUGUAUAGCGUGGAACGGGUGGCAUUUGAAUUCUGACUUUGUGAUUUUUACUUCGUUUCUUUUGGAAAACAAAAUUUGAGAUGGCUCGGGUUAUUAGAUGGCACGUCGCAUAGAUACCACCCCUUGAAGCUUAUUGUCACUCUGACUUUCCGUGACAUCACUUUGUGAUGCUGUUGAUGGGACUUGGUCCUACCGAAUAAAGCCUUGUUCAUUUGU